GCAAUGCAUCAAGUUCCUCCUCCUCCUCCUCCUCCCUCUUUCCCUCCCUCCCUCCCUCCUUCCUUCCUCAUCGAGUGGCGCACGCUUCGAGUCCUCCUCCGAGCCCGGCGUUUCCCAUCCAGGAGAGAGGCUCGGCUCUGCCGCAGGAAAGCAAACCGAGGCAAGAGACGGGCAGAACCGAGGAGACGGAGGCCACAGAGAAGCGGGAGGAAGGACAGGAGGAGAGCAAGAGGCAAGGAGGGAGGAGCGGCUGGACAGCGCCCGGCCCUGAUCCCCACCUUCCCCGAUUCCCUCCAUCAUGGGUCCCGGGAGGGUCUCCUUCCUCCGAAGGGGGCCUCGACGGAGCCCCGACUCGGGCUGACUCCGCGCCGCUUGGGAAGAAGACCCCGAUCCGUCUAGGGACUUGCUUGUGCUGACUCCGGGGCCCCUGCGGAGUUUUAUGGCUCGGGCCGGCGGACCCCUGGCCGCCUUUGCCUCCUCCGUCUCCUCCUCUGUCUCCUCGGGGCCCUCGGUCCCUUGCCCGCCCCCUCCCGAGCACCGCGAGGCAUUCCGAGGCGGCGGUGGAGGCAGUGCUCGGGGGGGCCUCUUCUCCUUUGGGCAGCUGCUCAGCCCCGCCGGCUAUAAAUACAUCCCUUCCUCCUCCUCCUCCGCCCGGAUCGGCUGUCGGUCCUGUUGACGUCCCAAGGAGCCUCGGUAUGGCGGGCCCGCAGCCCCUCGCCCUCCUCCUGGGCCUCGCGUUGGUGACAUUGUGCCACGGUGGCUGCGUGGAAGUAGAGUCAGAAACCGAAGCAGUGGCUGGUGAAACUUUCAGAAUUCGGUGCAUCUCAUGUAAGAAGCGCAGUGAGACAGAGGCCGAGGCCUUCACCGACUGGUACUUCAAGCAGCAGGGGACAGAAGAGUUUGACCAUAUUCUCCACUACGAUGCCGAUAAUAAACUCAAAGUGUUGGACCCCCGCUUUGAAGAGCUGGUUGCCUGGGAAGGCACUAAACACACGCCAGAUUUGCAGGAGCUUUCCAUUAUGCUGCUGAAUGUGACCUUCGACCAGGAGGGAGACUAUAUCUGCAGUGUCAACCGCACACUCCUUUUCGCAAAUGACCAUACACACAAUGUCAUGGUCAACAAAACUGUCCACCUUGACGUGGUAGAGAAAGCCAACCGGGACAUGGCAUCCAUCGUGUCUGAGAUCAUGAUGUACGUCCUCAUUGUAGUCCUGACUAUCUGGCUGGUGGCAGAGAUGGUGUACUGCUACAAGAAGAUUGCUGCAGCAACGGAGGCAGCAGCGCAGGAGAAUGCCUCCGAGUACUUGGCCAUCACAUCAGAAAGUAAAGAAAACUGCACAGGGGUGCAAGUAGCUGAAUAGUCCAUGCAGGGCUGUCGGCAGGCACAGAGAUUCCUGGUUGACAGGGAUGAGGCUUUGAGAAGGAGCGGAGGAGAGGGAGCGUGUGACUCAGCAGAGGCCUCGGCAGCCCCUGAGAAGAGCUGAACUGGAGCCAAACAGUCCCUCCCCCCACUGCACGGCCUUUUUUUCCUUAACAAAGCAUGCUAUUUUUAAUAACAGAGCUCUAUAUUCGACCCAGCCACCCAGAGACAGACACCUGUCUUCCAAAAGGGGAAGGUGGUUUGUUCUGGCAGGCCCCUUGCUCUCCUUUGCACCUUUUUUCCGGGGAGCAAGAGUCGUUCCUGCCACAAUGCAUGAUGGGGAAGUGGCAUGGUGGCUUUCUGACGCGCUGCAAAAGCUUGGGGGUCUUUCCCCCACCCCACCCUUGGGGUCCCCACAUGCCAGCCUGAGACCUCUUUAAUUUACGGGCACCUGCACUUGCGCUUUCUGAUUUUUUGUACGUUUCUUGCGCUUCGAGUUGUUUUUGGUUACUUCGCUACCAGCACUUUCUAUGGGUCUGAGGAGAGGAGGCCCCUAAUCUGCCCCUUCCUUCUCCCCUACAUGCCAUGUCCUCUUAAUGUGGCUGCAAGCAGUGGUAGAUUGAAGCUGAGAAAGGUGUUCAAGAUGGCUGUCACCUAGUUGUUCCUAUGGUCUGAGCACCAGAAGGGGAUUGAGAUGGAGACUCCGUGUCGCCAUGUAGGAAUGCCUUUGGUGGAUGAAAUAUUUAGCACUGACAUAGAUAUGAACUGAGAUAUUCCUAAGAAACUGUCCCAGGAAGUUUUUCCUCAAGGCUGUCAAUCCAGUGGAAGAUUUGUUCAAGACCACUGCUGAAAGCGGAAGACACUG